CUCCUUGAUAUUAUCCCAUUCAUCUUGUGCGUGUUGAAUUGCUUCGAUAUUGUGAGUGCUCCUCCGUUGCUCGUGGUAAGAGUUCUGGAUUUCAAAUAAAUUUCCACGUGACCUCUCAGAGACUUUCACGUGACCACGAGGCAACCUUGGAACUAAUCCGACCUUACGACGCGACCUUCGUCGCUCAUUUCUAUCAUCAACUUCCAACAAUGUACCUCCAGCCAAUUCCUCUAGCAGAUGCCUGACAUCGUUUAUUUAGGAAAUGCUGGCGUCCACCUUUAUUGAUAUUAUGUCCCUUAAUCAGUGAUUUUACUGUUUCGGCCCUGGUUGGCUUCUGUUAUCAUGCUUAUUAGAGACUCAAAUCAAAAAUAUCACUUCUCACUAAGUUCACUCAUGCUGCGUUACCUGAUAUGAAAUUUCUCUUGUUGUUAAUUCGGCUCUCGAUUUAUUAAACGAGACGUGCUUCUGAAUCAUUUUCGUAACUUAGUUUUUUUUUUUCUCCCUUCUGUUUUUCUCUUCUACAUCGCGCCACUAAUCAGGAUGAGGCGCCCACUACACUCAAUCUGUGCUCUGUGCCUAGGCACCUUGAAUCUCUUAGCAGGCGCAGAUUCGCUAAGAUUCCCGUCUUUGAAGAAAGGCCCGAACUCAUCGUCAAUCGGUAUGGGCUCUGAUGAGACUGACCUACCAUCCUUACUUCAUGCACAGAACAACCAGCAGAGCGAGGUUUUUUCAGAUGCUAUUAAAAUUCUCGACUCCAUGAAGUCAUCACCUUCUUGUAACCGGCUGGCUGCGGCUAAUUUAAUUUUGUCCUGUCAAUCACUCGGUGGGGAUGACGGGACCCAAAAGGCCGGGCUCUCCGACUCUCUAGACAAUGUGAAGUCAUUGUUCGCUGCUAGGCUUGCUGUUUGCGAACUUAUCGGCGCUGGAGCUGCGAUACCCGAGCAAUGUCCUCCUAUUCUUAUUACUCACCCGACAUAUAGGCACCCGGAUGCAGAGGAUCCUGUUCAACCCUCCCAUCUGGCGCCAUGCUUGAACUCCCUAGAAUCUCGACCCCAAUGGUGGACGAGCUAUAGUAACAACAGACAAAAUGCGGCUGUCAUGUGCCAGGCAGCACGGACAGAGAUUGAGCGCGAGGAUGACCUCAAGCGGUAUAAGAAUUUGAUGGACAUCACCUCUAUUUUGAAUGACUCGCUGAACCAGACACUUACCUCAGCAGCUAUGGAGACAUCUCGGCAGAGAGCAUUUUUAAAAAUUGUGGAUGACAUGCGAAACACACUUUUGCAAGACCUGGAGGAUGGGUUUUUACGAUAUCAUGAUAUAACGACAAAGGUAUUUGAUGAUGUCGAAGGAGUGCAAAUUGUUAUGGCUGCUGCAAGAUCGGAGGCAGCCAAUGUGAAAGAGGAUCUCCAUUCUGCUUCAAAUUCGAUGCACGAGCUGAAACAGGUUCUUAAUGAAAUUCACUUGAGUACAACAAAAAGGGCUGCGGAGAUGGCUGCGGCUGAACAGGAGAAUCAUCAAGCGAACCUAGCACUGGUUUCGUCCGUGAGGCAGUCGGCCGAACAUCUAAGGAACCAAGACCUGGAACCCAUCAUUGAAAGCUUUGGCAAGAUAUAUUAUUCUAUGCACGCCGUAGAAGACUUCAUGAGGUCUAUGGAGGUUAGACAUGAUGGCCUGGAUUCACGCAUGAAAUUGUUCGAGCAGGCGUUCCAACAGUUUGAAACUACGGCGGUCGCACUCCAGCAGGUUCAGCUGCAGCAACGUCACGACCAAAAAUCAUUUCAAACAGACCUAAGAAUUACUCAAGCGAUUUUGAAAGACGUCACUGCCUCGGCAGCAAAUCUUCAAACUUCGAUCGAGAACUCUUAUGCGGUUUUCCGCAAGCUCACCACUUUUGGUGGAGCUGUCACAUCCGUGGCUUGGUGGACCCUGUCAACAGCAGUUGUGUUCCUCAUCUUGCUAUACCCUAAAAUCACUGGAGCGGCGCUUAUCUUUCUAGCAUCCGCAUUCGCAACAUACUGCAUGGGGGUUUCCAGCUGGCUUCAAACCGUGAGAGCAUCUUCGACUUAUACAACCCAACAGCUAACGAAUGCCAUCUACGUCGUUAGUUUCAGCCUCGGUAUCGCGUCUGUCCUUUGCACAUUUCUCUACCUUGCCGCACAUCAUAUUUUGCCUCGCAUCCGACGACAUACAGUUCAAACGACAAAUGGAGACUGUGUCACAACACUGGAUCCAGCCUGAUAUUGCCAAAUGUAUCUCCAGGAUUGAGAGUAGACGCUUCCGCCAGAUCAUCGGAUACUGGAAUUGGCGGGCUCAGAUUCCCAUUUGGCAUCCAUACUCUUAUAUUUGCCCGGAAUUUCACUACCGCUCGCUCGUCUAAUUCCGCGUUCAUCUAUUUAGACGCCAAAGCUUUGUCUUCCCCUAAUACUAUAUUUCCUGAGCUUGCCAUAUGAUGAUUCAUGCAUUUAUACUACACCACAACACCUACGAUACCCCACACAUUUUACAAGCUUUCGCUGCUCGUGGAAUUCCCAGUUGACAUCUGCUUCCAUUGUUCUCGUCUUUACCGCUUAAGUAUUGCCUGCUCAUUUGCCACUCCACGACCGCAAGGUAUUGUUAUUGUGAAAUUUAUAGCGCAUAUAUUUAUCAUGUAAUCAUUUCCUACGGUAUGUCAUUUAGCACGAUUUAUUAUUAUAUUCUUUCUCUUGUGAACUUAACGGAUUCCAUGAAGCGAUGACCAAAAUCACGUGCAUUUUUGUAGUUACGUCUACCCCCUUGCCCACGUGAAAUGAGGUCGCUUGCCGACCUUUUCGCGUGUCGACUAAAUAAUAUUGUUCAUCCUAUCUAAAGCUUACCUUCAUAUAGAGUUCUGGCCUUUGUCCUUGCUAAAAUGCUCCCAUCCAUUUUUCGGUAGGCGUCGGGCAUUUGAUGUAGGAAAGAUGCGCUUGGUCAUCUUUUUAAACUGUUCUCCGGACGAAACAAUACCUCCCCCCUCAAAAAAAAAAAAAAAAAAAAAAAAAAAAAAAAAAAAAGAAUAUGGGACGGCUGCUUUCAUUUCGAUUACAGCUGCAAUGACUACCCAUCUAGAGCCUGAACAACUUGUGCCCAGUCAGCAGAGGUAUAUGCCCCGGGGACACUUUCGCCAUCGAAAAGACUUGCAAGCACUACUCGGUCUGACUGUUCCCCUUCCCAGGGCUCUCGCCCAUGCUGCGCAAUAACAUUAUCAUAUACCAACACAUCCCCCUCCUGCCAUUUAUGCAGUACCCGUAUCUCGUCAGUAAUUUUGGCGAGAUGUGCGAGGUAUUUCUCGUCAAUGGGAGUGCCGUCACCAAAGUACUGCUUCGUCACGUUUCGGGCUGUGGAAUUGACUUGGGCAUUUUUGUAGUAGGCUGCCAGUCCCGUGAAGAGGGUGGGCAGGUUGGUCUUGGCCUGGGUGCGGAUUGAAGGAAGUCUAUGAGUUACCACGAUGCCAUCAUUAUUCGUCCAUUCCCAAGUCGUGUGCUUCCCGCGGCCGUAACGGGCGAUCUGAGCCUCGAUUUUAGCCCUCCUAGUCGCCUCGUCAUCGCCUUCUUUGAUUUCUUUCCCAAAUGCUUGAUUGAUCGUCGACCCACCCUCAUGUUGCUUGUCGAGUUUAUACGUUACUUUGCUGAGGAUUCCUUUCUCUGCAAGCUCUGCGAUGAACUCAGGUAUUUCUUGCUGCGCGCGGUGGAACAGCUCAACCGAUGAUGCAAUAGGGCUCUCACCACCUUUCUUGGGAGCGCGGUAACUAUAGAAAAAAAUAUACUCCGGUGCAUGUGGAACUUGGGGCGACUCGUUAUGGUUGUAGAUUAGCACCUCCUUGGGUGAUUCGUUCGCUGGGGCCACGUUGGGAGCAAGCAAUGGCCUGUCGACGACGAUUCCUAUAAUCUCGUGCGGAUUGUAACCAAAUGCAUGCGCGAAUCUGCUGAAGUCCUCUGCGUUGUGAAUUGGGAGUCCCCUGAAGAGCAGGGCCCCAUGGCGUGCGAGCUUCUCGGUAAUAAUGCCGCCAUCCUGCGCCUGCAGGGACUUUAUAGUCUCUAUUGCAGUGUCAAGAUUAACGUCGUCUUGGUUUGAUGGGCGCAAUGCAAGAGGGAUAACGGUGUUUUCGGGGUGGGGUUUGCCAAGUAUGCGCUGGUUAGUUGAAGGGAGCUCAAAGCUGUCGAAACCGAACAAUGACGGCGAGGCAGCAUGGCCCGGCUUGAGUGGCCGGGUGUGGUUUUCGACAGAUGCAGUGGUGGCCAUGGUGUUGGUUCAGAUGGAAAACGAUUUCGGUUGUAUUCUGAGGACAUGGCAUAUGUAUUUCACCGUGUACCUAUGUGGAAGCCACUGCCAUAUAAAUAUGUCACUGCCCAGACACAACUAGGAAGGAGAGACGAGCACGUUUGAGCUAGACAUUUCUUGGUAAUCUCAUCCAUCUCGUACAUGCAGGACAAUUGCUCGUCAUCUGGGAGGAUUUUCUCAUCCAUGCAUGUAUGGCGACAACCUGCCCUAACGAGUGGGCUCAAGCUAGCGGGAUAAAAUAACUUCAUUAGUUAGCGUUGACAAACCUGGUGAUAUCGCUAUCCACAGUAAGUCGCCGCUCCUACAAUAUCAUGAUGAUCAACUAGUUGCUCAAUGAGUUUAUGGCGCGAGCUGCUGAUUGCGUAAUUUACUCAUAUCCUCUCCAAUUCGUCAAUGACAAAAAUUAGCAUAUCC